AUGAACUCGAUGCUUCCACUGCACAUGUACAUCAGACCGCUGUCGCCCGAGGACGCGCAGCAGGUGACCGAGCUGGAGGCGCAGGGCUUCCCGCCGGAGGAGCGCGCGAGCGCAGACGUGGUGGCGUUCCGCCUUGCGGCAUGCCCGGAGCUGUGCUCCGGUCUAUUCGUGCGGGAUGUGGUGGGCACGGAGGUGCGCGGCGAGAAGCUGAUCGGCCACGUGCUGGGCACCAAGCUCGCGGGCGCGGGCGGCGAGCGCAGCGAGAGCUACAUCACCUUGGCGUCCAUGGGCGCGCAGCACGACGACGCGUCGGACACGAUUGCGAUCCACUCCGUGGUGAUCGCGCCGGAACACCAGAAGAAAAACCUGGCCACGCUGAUGCUGACGGACUACAUCCAGAAGAUGUCCAACCAGAAGGUGGCGGACAAGAUCGUGAUCAUCGCGCGCGAGGCCCUGGUGCCGUUCUACGAGCGCGUGGGCUUCCAGCUUGUCGGCGAGAACCAGCAACUGAAAAAGAACCCGAACUUUGCCAAGACCAAGUGGUGCGACAUGGUGCGCGAGCUGUUCAACGAGGAGUACGAGUGCUGA